AUGUGCCAGGCACAGGAGCAAGCAGUUGUUCAGGUGAGGGACUCGCGUGAAUCAGCCAUGCAUGGGAAUGAAGGCGCUGUUCCGAGGAGGCUCGGGGGCACCAACAGAAUCUAUUUGUAUUUCAUCAUCGCCACCCUCGUCGCGUUGCUCGUCUUUGCUCUGGCCACCAUCAUGAUCCUGGUCGUUCAGAGGACGGCACCUGAUCCUGCCAUGGAGGGCAUCAAAAAACCCAUCAGGACGGGGAACACCUUUGAAGACUAUUCCAGAAUCCUACAGCGUGUCCCAACCAAGGGAGCUGCUGCCUACAUGAGAGUGGCCAACCCAGGGAACAGUUCCAAGCUGAGCCUGGUGCAGAAGGGGAUUUGUGAGGACAUCCAGUGCAGGAAUGAAGAGCUGGUGAUAAAGGAACAAGGUGUCUACUUGAUCUACUGCCACCUGAACUUCCACCUCCCCAACUGCUCCAAAAGCCCCACUGACCUCAAGAUAGAGCUCCUUGUGAACGACAGGGUGGACAGGCAGACGUUGUCCACGUGGUGUGAGUCAGAAAGGUGCCAAGGGAAGGCUUUUAAGACCUUGUUCCAGCUCCAUUUGACACACCUGAAGGUGGAGGACCGAAUAUCAGUGGCACUGAAUCACCCUCAGUUCCUGAAUGAAGAUUCCCUCCCCAACGAGAACGUCCUGGGGGUGCUGAUGUACAGCGACCAGAUGUGAGCAGCUCCCUGACCUCCCACCUUGCUC